GAGAAAGAGAAGACCGGCCAAGAGGAAGAGUGAGAGAAUAAGAAGAGAAGAGCAUGCGAAAGAAAAGAGAGGAAGAAGAUCUGCGGCUGAUAUUCUCGAAGUUACGUUCGAGUAAUAACGUGGGAGUUCGUCGCUUCUAUUAUGAAAGUAUUAUUAGGAGUGUGAAAGAAAGGAAAAACCAAAGGAUCGUUAAGUUAUGGAAUGCUUUCUUCCGUAGAGAGAAGAUUCUGUAAGAUCGACCGGCCGGUUGUUUCGCUUCCCAGGGAUUUUGUCGAGUGAAAAGUUGGCAGCAAUGCACUUCAAUGUCAUGCUUCAAGGUAAACUAUCGAUGACGUCAGUGUACGUCACUUAACAAGUGGGAGUGGAUGGAUGGAUGUCUGCAUCCGCGGUGGUUUUCGCGAAUCGCACUCGGAAUCUGCAGAAAGCCCGACUGUGUCGAGGCGAGGAUGUUACGGGUUUCCUAGCGAUGUAGUGCCGUGAAGAGUGGCGUUGAUUCGCACGUGUUUUCGCGAUACGUGGAAAAUCACCGAAAUCUGUUUGCGCAUGCCCGCGCCCGAUGACGUCAUGAAAAUUGUGGUUUUGAUCAAGCUCGUUCAGUUUUUUUUUCAACAAUAAUGUUGCUGUGCGAAGUUAAAUAAUUAGUGGACAACAGGGGGAACCGAGGCCCGAGAACCGAGGCUCCACCGGUGAAAAUCUGUUUUUAACAUUCCAUCAAGAUCAUCGAAAGAGUGUUCCUGGGUUACGAAUAUACUUCAACAAUGGGUCGCAAGAAGAUACAGAUCUCUCGUAUCACGGACGAACGAAAUCGUCAGGUGACGUUCAACAAGAGGAAGUUCGGCGUGAUGAAGAAGGCUUAUGAAUUGUCCGUAUUGUGCGACUGCGAGAUCGCGCUUAUCAUCUUCAGUUCGAGCAACAAGCUGUACCAGUACGCGAGUACCGACAUGGACAAGGUCCUCCUCAAGUACACCGAGUACAACGAGCCCCACGAGUCCCUCACCAACAAGAAUAUUAUCGAGGCGCUCAACAAGAAGGAGCAUAAGGGUGCCAUGUCCCCGGAGAGUCCGGAGCCCGACGCAAGCGAAUACAAUCUCACCCCGCGGACCGAGGCUAAAUACACCAAGAUUGACGAGGAGUUUCAAAUGAUGAUGCAGAGGAAUCAGCACAACGGCACCAGGGGAAUGGGCCAAUCGAAUUACACGCUGCCCGUAUCUGUUCCUGUAAACAGUUAUGGGGAAUCUCUAUUGGGAUCUAGUCCUCAAAUGGCGCACACCAGCAUCUCGCCCCGACCGUCGUCAUCUGAAACUGAUUCAGUGUACCCAUCGGGAGCGAUGCUGGAGAUGAGCAACGGAUACCCGCCGUCGGCGUCACCACUUGGCGGUUCCCCAAGUCCUGGACCUUCGCCAGCAUUGGGAGUCGGCGGUGGAGGUGGAAGUAAAGGAGGGAAUCCGUCGAGACACUCGCCACAGCCCCCGCCACCUCCUCAUCCCCACAGAGCUAACCUGCGGGUGGUCAUACCCGCGCCCCUCACACAGCCGCUGUCCGAGGACAACAAUUACGAUAGCGGCCACUCGCAAUCUGCACUAAACACACCGGUAGUAGCAUUACAAACGCCGUCUGUCCCGGCUGGCUAUUCUAGUUUCGGGCCCACGGAUUACUCCUCGGACCUUAGCAGUCUCGCGUGGUCUCAUCAGAGGUACGUUGAUGACUUGUCAAUGUAUUCGGCAGCCACCAUGUCCGGCAUCAGUGGUCUUCCACACUUAGCUGUAUCGAGCAGUACGCCACCGCCGUCGACGUCUCCUCUACCCGUGAAGAUCAAGAGUGAACCCAUAAGUCCGCCGAGGGAUCCCCACGGCGGUGGUGGCGGCGGAGGUGGCGGCUCCAACGGCGGACCAAGCAACUCGGGCAGUCUACACCACGCGGGCAUGAACGUAGUAGGUGCCUCGUCGUCUAGCGGAGGCGGUGGAGGUGCACCAGUGCCAUCUCAUCACGUAUCUCACGGCUGCCCACCUCAAAGUCUCAACCUGGUAUCCAGUAGACCGAACAGCAACCCGCCGCCCUCUCACUCCGGGAGUAUAACGCCGACGAAUAUGCCGUCGCCGGGAGGCGGGAGCGUUCCUGAUAUGCGCAGCAGUCACUCGGCCGGAGGUGCCAACGGGGGUAACAGUUCAGACUAUGAGAACGGGCCGCUGAUGAAGCGCUCGAGAAUCACGGAAGGAUGGGCGACUUAAUGCCGAUCAGGUCGAGCGCUUCUCUCACGCCUCCUCGUUAAACGAUUAAGUCCCGUAGUGCUCUCGCGUCCGAGAUCGGAGAUCGUGAAUCGAAGAUCGUGCGUCGUUGCAGUCAUUGUCAUUGUCUACGUCUGACAGGACCCUCGUCUGCGUGGUGACGUAGUCGCUGAACGAGCCGGAAUGCGGGUGAAAGAGAAAAAAAGAAAAAUCUGUUUAUAUUUUGAAACUGACACGGGAAAACAUUUAUCUGAUGAAUAACAUGCGGUGCCAUAAUGUUGAACCUUUAUAUAUAUAUAUAUUAUAUAUGUACGAUGGAUAUAUAUAUAUUUUCAUGUAUAUAAUAAGAGGUGUUGUUUGUAUAUAUGUCAUUAAUCGAUGAUGAUGGUGUCGCGGUACGGUGUUCGGCGUUAUACGCUCGAUCAUCAUUUAUUCGCACGACGAUUUUAUUCGACGUCUUGGCGUUUUAUUCGCGUUCUUGUAAAGCGUAAAUUAAUGACCGAUCACGAAACUUAAGAAAGUGUACCAAUGUCGAGACUAAAGAGCUUGCGAAAAGUGGGAGGGUAGUAGGGGGACGGUCUGCACAAAGUGUGAGGUUUGCGAAUGCCAGAGUCUACUAUCACGGUUUGUUGUUGUUCAUGGUACAGCAGCCCUUCGACAGCCUAAACCGUUGGGUUCACUUACUUUUACACACUCUUUUAAUUAAUUUCGAUAGUCCAUACUUUGGAGGUCUCUUCUUUUUCUUAUUUUUUUUUUUUUCGACCGCUUGUUUUCCGCAUCGACGGUUUGUGCUGUGGGAACUUUUUUUUUUUUUCUUUUUUUUUCCCUCUCUAAUCGGCUUGGCUUUCAUGAGCAAAUGAUCUAGUCACACGUGGAACGUAAUAGUGUCCAGGGCAAUAACGACCAUUAUAAAAAUAUUAAAAAGAAAAAAUUAAUUUUAUCAGGAAGCCUUAUAAUUGUAACUAUAUUUUGUCUUUCGUUAAUAUCGUAAUUUUUAUACCGUAGCUACGUCAUGGUAAUUUAAUCGAUGCGCUUUUGCAAAAAUUGCAAUUAACUCUGUCGCGAGGGGCAUUAAAAUUAAUAAUUGGCAAAAUUAAACUAUCGGUAUGGCGGCUACGCGAUGCCGGUGAACACGUAAAAGUAUUUGUUUUUUUUUUUUUUUUUAAUUUGGCGUGUACGGUAUUGUAGUGCUUUUUUUUCUUUUCUUUUCUUUCAAUUAUCAAUGGAUCUUAUUAACGGAUUUAUGGCUUGCCGACGUGUGAAAGGGUCGGCUGCUGUACUCAAAGUAUACACGAUAUUAUAUGUGAACGGGAUUCGAAAUUAAUAUAUUGAAACACGAAAUAACAUUUAGAUAGGUAGAUAGGCAUAUACGAUAUAGUGUUGAUUAACAAAGAAAGAAAAAAGAAAUAUAUAUAUACAUAUAGAAUUAUACAUUUUCCACAAGUAUUUUGCACAUUUGAUAUAAAAAAAACAAGUACGAAGGAAUAAUGAUAGAUCACUAGGAAAGUUGCAACCCUUGGCGCCUAAAAUGCACACACCGAGUGUUCCCGUCACCAGUGUAAGUCGCCCUCGAGUAAGAGGCGUCGCGACGCCGGCAAAUUCCGACCACUCAAAAAUCUAAUAUGCGAUGUACGCUUAAUGUUUUACACCCAAGUACAGGUGAAGCGUACAAGAUAUAUCCGAUUAAUUAAGCGAAUUAUAACAAAAUCAAUUAAAUGUUGAUUGAACAAUGAUAAUUGUUAAUUAUAAUGGUACCGACACCAAAUUUUUCAAUCGUGCGUACUUGUGGGGUGGGGCAAGUUAUUUGUUAAUAAUCAUAGUGAUUUCAAUACGACCAACGAAUGCGAUAAAAACGUUUGUGUCGAUUCGAUUGCACAUGCGUACUCUUUGCGUUAUGUAAUUAAUUGGCCAAUUCACUAAUUAUCAAUUUCAUUAUGUGUAACUAUACAUGCAAUGCAUUCAGACAGAUUUAUCCUGGUGAUCGUUGGGACACUCGAAAUUUAUAAUUAACUUAUCUUAAUAUGGAGUACACAGGUAUUUUGAAUUAAAUAGUGCCUGGCACCAUUCGUGGCCCUCCUAUCAUACUAUUGUAAAAGAGUUGAAAAGGGACGAAAAAAAAGAAAAAAAAAAAAUUUCUUACACGACGGCGGUGAUCGAUGGACGUUUCAUAAAUGACCAUACGUUUGGUAUCGGGAACUAUAACGCGAAUGAGAUUAAAGGGAAACAAGUUAUUAAAGGGUAAAAUAAAGGGGCGGCGUGGGGAGGAGGGGGAGGAGGAGGGGGGAAAACACAUUCUUAGUCACCGAAUAAUUAUUGCAAAUUUUUAAAUACGAUCACGAAGUGCAAUCUCGUAGCCAACACACUUUUUUAUUGAAGAGAAAGGAAAAAAGUAUAAAGAAAUCGUUAUUUUUCAUAUAAACGAAGAAGUGAAAUUAAAUCUAUUGAGAAAGAGAUAUAUGCCUCCUAUAGUUAUUAAAGAUUUUCUAUCGGUACAAAAUUUAAUAUAUUUCCAUUGAUGACGCGCGGUCACGAUAAGAAAGCGAAACAACAGUCGCACGCAGUGCCGAGCGAUUGUUCGUUUUAAUUAUUGUUGCGGAUUUUCGUGAAUUCGUACGUGGCCGACAGAAGGGAUUACAUUGUUCGAGCGUUAACGCGUAUCACUGAUAAGGAUGCAUCGGAGCGAGAUGCCUGGAGGAAGAAUUAAAUGCGAUUAGAGAAGAAAAGAAAAAUCGUCUCCGUAACGAAUUCACGUAAAAUCCGUUUGAUCCGUUUUUCAUGAAACAUAAAUCUGAUUGUACAAGAGUCAGACGAAUUAUCGGGACAAUCCAAUAAUGCCGGAAGAGAUGCAAUAUACGUACGUUUGUCGUAGAGAAAUACGUGGUGGGUAGAGGGCGCGGGAAAAUUUGAAAUAGCUCCAGGCCACGAAAUAAAGGAAGGAAGAAACGUAACUCGGUAAACUUAUAUUUUCUUACGAUACGAACGAAGGAGAGACCAAGGAAGCUACAGGGCGACAAGCCAGUCCGUGGAAAUGCGUGCGAUGAUAUUACCGAUGUCCAAUCACUCAUUGAUGGUCGUGAUGAAUUACGAAAUAAUAAGAGCAGCAUACUCUACUGUAAAGCUAGUAACUUAUACAACCUACUCGAACUAUUCGAAAAAUCACUCGACGUCCGUGAUCCGGGGGGGGG